AUGGCGAAAGCAAGACAUGGCGUUCUUGGACUGGUGGUUUUCGCGAAGAUGAUUAAACAUUUAAAUUGUUACCUUUUCUUUCAAGCUAAAUAUCUUUAGGCCAAUUUUAAGAUGUUUGUUAAAAAUGACCAUCUAGUAUAAAGAGUAUUAUUUAUAUAAAUGUAUUAAGAGGCCUAUGUAAUAUUAUUCAAAUAAUUUAUAAACUACUCUUUAUUUUAAUUAAAUUUAAAUAUCCGGUAGUUUUUUGUUGUUUUUUUCUGGCGGAAGUUACGAAUUCAAACCGUAAACAAACUUAAAUUACUUGGGCGACUUUGGUAGGCCCUAAUUCAAGCUAAAAUUUAAACAACCCUACUCUCUGGGUCUCCCUUGAGUUAGCAAAAUUGGGUAUCAUGCCUAAAAAAAGGAAGGCUUCUUCGUCAACCCAGUGGCCACCACUAACAUUUAUUUCUAGUCCUGACUCCCAGCAUCCACCAGUGCUUACACCAGAUUUCGCUGUAGAUAAUCCAAUAACAGCCAAAUCUGUCUUUAUCGAGGAACUGUCCAUCAAUGCAUGGGUAGGUUCACAUAGGUCUAAAUUAGUCUAAGUGUAAGGUCAAAGCUUAACCUCAUAAACGGUUUUUUGAAAUAUUCAUAAUAUAAUGUUAUUUAUUUUGGAACAAUCAUCAUUUUUAUAGUAUAGACAUUAUUCGUGACAUAAAAUUCUUUGUGUAUACUCAGAGUAUAGUGUAUAUCAAUUUUCAUUCAGUCAUUGUGAUUGUUAUGUACCUCAAAUCAAUAAACAUUUAAAGAAUUGGGCAAUCCUCUGAAGUCCGGUCCCAAAUUAUUUCCAAUGAUUACUCCUUACUCAAAAGGCUAAGAAGGCAUCAUUUAGUUUUCAUGUUUGCAUUAAAUUAUGGCAGGAAGGCCGAUAAGGAUUAGUUUGGUUAUUUUGCCAGCAGCACAACUGGGCGGAAUUGAAGUAACUCAGUGUGAGUUGUAUGCUAUAAUGUAAAAAACAAGCGUGAAUUGUUUGAGAUCAGAAACGUUAAUAGUGGAAAAUGCAGGCACCCAAUGGCGUUAGUUGCUUGUGCGGAAUGCAAUGACGGUUUUUCGUGGCGUUUUCGCCCACAUAACACCCGCAGUAAUGUUAGAACUGGGUCAUUCUUUGCCAAAUGCAAUCUAACAACUGAAAUAAUAGUUACGAUCAUAUAUUAUUGGGUUUACGAAGUCAAGUUUAAACACGUUAUGUUGUUUGAGAGACUGGUUAGCUGGGACCUGGUUAGCUGGGACACUAUUGUCAAUUAUAACAACUAUCUUCGUCAGGAAUGUUGUCAAUGGAUGCUGAUAAUCAAUCAACUGCUGGGGGAGUUCGAUCCAAGCGGCCAGUCUAUUUUUGCUGAGAUGGAUGAGAGUUACUUUUCCCACAGAAAUUAUCACCAUGGACAGCGACGCAUUGAUAAGUGGGUUGUCGGCUUGGUUGCGCUUGGUAGUGGAUGACGUUGGAUGGAGGUUGUUGGCAGUCGAGAUGCACAAACACUUGAGCCCAUUAUCACAAAUCAUAUGUUACCAAGGACAACUAUCGUCACAGACGUUUGGCCAGGAUAUCAAAAUGUCGGUCAGCUCAACAACGGGAUUUAUGCUCACGCUGUCACUGUGCACGCGCGUGAAUUUGUUGAUACAGUAGACCAGGACAUUCACACAGAAACUAUUGAAGGACUUUGGAUGCAAGCCAAACGCAAACGCCGCCAUCAGAGUGGUACUAGUCGCGGUCUGUUUGCCAGCUACUUGGUGGCCUUUCAGUGGCCCAACAGUCACAAGCAGAACAUUUUCGACUGCUAUUUCAAAAUGUUAUACGCCAAUGACAACAUUUAGUAUUUACUGACUGGUUUGUAAAGUGACAAUUACUUGCAAAGCUAUUUCUGCUGUUUUCUAACAAUACACACUGUGAAUUGAAAUUUGUUUCACAUACAAAAUAAUUUGGGACCGGACUUCAGAAGAUUGCCAAGAAUCGUCUUCUUUUAGUUUUAAUUAGGCCUACUCACUAAUUGUCAUGGUCAAAACUUUUUUGUCUCAAUGAAAACUGUAAUCUAAUCAACUGUUUUUUUAUUGUCCAAAUUAACAUUCACCAUUUCCUUUUCAGGUCUCACCCCAAUUUUAUCAGUUAAGAAGUCAGAAAAAUAAGAGUGGGGUCUAUGCUGUGAACUCGAAAACAGACACACAGUUACUUAAUAAGAGUAAGCGGCAUGUCAAUGAAGCAGACUUACUAAAGAAACAAAACAAGUAUAAGCAAUUAAAAUUUCUCAAAAACAUUAAUGAAAUUAAUUCCCCAUCAUCAAUUUUACCCUGUGAAAAAUCUAUAGAAAAUUCAUUUAGAUUAGAAAAGUGCAGCACUAGGACAACGGAUGAGACACACUUAAUGAAUGAAGGGCCUAUGAUAGAGCCAAGAGUUGUGGAUAUUAAUACACCUAUGAUGGAGCCACAAGAUCCACACUUGACUCCACUUUCAAGUGUCACUCAACGGAGAUCUCAUUUCAGAGCACUGAAACCACACAAUUUGUUUGGUGCUAUGGCAAGUGAAAAUAAUGAGACUACCCCUAAGGACAAACACAGCUUAACCAAUGCUGAACACGUUGGUCACUCAAAAGAAAUGUCUGAAAAUCAUGACAAGCUUGCCAUAACAGAUUUGUUAACCAUAAAGUCCUUGAAGCCCCCACAACAUAAAAUUUUGGUAGCUGACACACCUGAAUGUGAUUAUGAUCUAACCUUUCGGCAGCGCCAAUUAAAAUAUGGCUUGAGGAGACAACAUGACAUUGGACUUUAAUACAAUUUAUUUUCCUUGUUCAUUAGCUUAAAAUUUUCAAAUUCCAUUUGUGCAUUUAUUACAUUUUAAUUUUUUUGCUUUUUACAGAAAAUUUUAAAUUUUGCAUACCGGGUAGUAAAUGAAUUCUUCACGUUUACUCUUGAUAUUUUCAAAGAUUCCAAUUAUAUUUUCAAAGACAUACACAAGAAUAAGUACCAUAAUGCAAAAGAAACUUUGUAUGAAAUGACAUUCUGAUCCAACAAUACCAUUCUAGGGCACUUUACAUUUGUUACCAGAUUGGUGAUGUGGUUAUGUUUCUACAAAAAGCUUUGUAAAGGAAAUUGCAAUGAAAAUAAUAGAUUUGAAAAUGCAAUGAAGUUUAUUUCUAGUUUACAGUUUAUUUUCAUGUACUAUUCAAUAUAAUUCAUUUAUUAUUGCUCAUUUUUAAAUUCCAUUGGCCUUGGUGCCACACAGAUCAUGGCUCAUAUCGAUGAACUAUGGGUCUGCCUUGUCAGUCAGAGCCUCACAGAUCAUAGCCCAAUCCAGUGAAUUAUGCCAAACAGAUCUUGGCCCAUAUCGAUGAACUAUGGGUCUGCCUUGUCAGUCAGUGCCACAUAGAUCAUGGCCAAAUUCAGUGAAUUAUGCUAAAAGUUGACAUGAGUAAAACAAAGUAAGUGAAAACCUGAAAAAGGAACGCAAUUAAACAACGAAUGUGUCAGCUGGAAGCCUUCAUCAGCGAAUAAACAACAGAAAAAUCAGAAUUAAAUUUAAAAAUAGCACUUAGCUGAGCUGAAGGUAGUAUCCGAGAGGGCAGCAAAAUUGUCAAUUCAUUUCUUUUUUUUGCUUAUUUGAUUGCAGUAUCUCUCCCUUAAUAUCAAUGAAUUAUGCGACACAGAGCAUGGUCAAAAUCAAUGAACUAUACAUCUGGUUUUUAACCAAUCCACAUGGAUUUUAUCUUGAUCAGAUUCCAUUCUCCAGAUUUGGGUUUUAAAAGUUGAUAUCCUUUAUCACAGGGUAGAGCUAAGUAUGACAGAAGAUAAAACUCAAUGUUUAUGCCUUUUGCAGACCACACACUAAUUUCCUUGUCACAUUUUAGGGUUUAUUUUUAAAACAAUGUGUAAUGCUAAGAAAGCCUUAUUAAAAAAACUUGUUUGAAUAGCUUUGAUGAAUGUCAACAAAUCAAGUUAUAUACAUGGCUCAUUGUUAGCCUAUGGAUUAUUUAAUGUUAACAAAAUGAUGAGGUUGCAUGUUGUAAAGACUCUGCUCAUUACUACGUCUUUAUUACAGUAUACACAGAUUGAUAACUGAGCAUACGGAAGAUAGAAGAUUGUUACUGGUUUGCCAAAAAUGAUAAUUACAUUAUGAAAAGAACUAAUUUAUUCCGCCCAAUGAACAUGAUUCUAUGUUGAUAAUAUGCACUUUGUGUACACUUGUUAAAUGGAUUGUUGGAUCAGAUUUCUUUUUGUAAGUCUCAAAUUACUGAAAAUGUACCCUGCACUUCCAAGUUACAUUAUGACAGAUGUAAAUUAUUUUAUUAGCAUUUCAAAUGAUUAGAUUUGAAUUGUUUCAGAGAUAAUCAUGUGUCAACAAAUUGAGAGAGUUUACAAGACAAAAUCAAUGUUUACAUGAUUUCUGUACAUUUUAAAGAAAAAUAACGGUAAUAAAAUAGUGAAGUCUUGACCCAUGCCGAACACAUUCACUUCCAACCAGUUUUGUAUGAUAUAAGUAUAAGUUUGAAGCAGAGAAGUGCUCCUAUCUCAUUAUCUAACAAUUAUGUGGAAACUGAUACUACUUUGAUGGAUUAAAUUAUUUGCAUUAAUAUUGCAU